AUGGGGUGCAGGGCUUCUGCGUCUCGUAACAGGGAGUCGUCGCACGGUAGCAGGGCAGCGUCACUCGGGGUCUCCGCCUCGCCAAACACCAAUGCGGACACGCGUCGCGCGCCGAAGAACUGGCUGUCGACCUCGCUGCGCCGCAGCAGCCGCAGGGAGGCGGGCGUUGGCAAGGCCAACAGUGGCCGCACCAGGAAUGGGGAGCCUGGUCUUCAACAGUGCGUGUACACGCAGGACGACAACCCCCUCGCGCCGCCGCCGCCUCUGUCGUCGGAGAUGGUUCAUCAGGGCAACAGCACCCCCGUCAGAAGCGCAUCCCCCACAAGCGGGCGUAUGAGCCGAAUUCCAAGUUUUCGACGCCAUCCGUCAGACAGCGCCCCUCCGCGCGUGAAGGGCGGUGUCAGCAACCACGACAGUGCGGUCCUAGAACGACUGUACAAAGAACGACCUGAGAGCCACUUCGAUCCGUUACUGAUGCCGGACGUACUGCAUCUGCAGGAGUCGACGGGUUCCCGGGUAGCCAGCAGCAGCCUGCCAUCGCGACCGUCGUCGUGCGUUGCCACGUUGGACAGCGAGGACCACAACGCCACAUUUCGGACGGAGAUCGACUCACACGACAAGACCGACUCCGCGCAAGCCGCCAAGGAAUACCAGCAGCACGUACAGGCCAGGCGGAGCGCACAGGCCGCGCACACGAAGCGGCGUCAACUGGAGGAGUUCGACCCCGUGAGGCCGAUGGACAGCUUCAACGUGACGCACCGUGGAUUGCUCGGGCGGUGCUGGGACCGACGUGGGCCCGAGCUGAUUCCAGUCUCCUUCGUCCACGCCCUGGAAGCGGCGCUGCGGGCUGCCGAGGAGAUACAUCCGGCCAGCACGACCACCUCGCACCCGCCUGGGGCAGAGACCGGGAGAGACGAGUUCAUGCCUGUCUCGCCACGCGUCGCCUUGUCGCAGCCAAUGCCGUGCUCCCCACGAGGUGGUGGCUUGGGCGGGCGUCGCGUGCCACGCUGCUCGCACUGGUUCAGCGUCGGCGGCGUCAGCUGCGACACAAUGUGCCCACCUGUCAACGGCAGCGGCCUGGGUAGCCAGGCAGGAGCGAGCAUCGUGUCAUCCUACUGCAUGAACAGCGGCGUCUCGUCCCCGAUCACAUCAUGGCCCGGUGCGAGCGGCCCAGGGUUUCCGCUGACGACCUCGUCACCUGCGCUGAGCCGAGCAGGCGCUGCUGUGCUGAGAAGCAAAGCCAAGUCCUUCAUGGCCACAGCGGCCUCCUCGCCGGCAGUCUACGGCGGCGCCAUCGAUAGCCUCUCCGACGACAGGGACAGCGACGCCGCGAAGCCGCGUCAGGCUCUGAAAGCGGAGCCGAUCUCCGCGCUGCCGAUGGAAAAACGGGAGCAGUACUACAACGACUUCCUCACCCGUAACCCGCUCUUCAUGGGGAUCAAGGACGGCUUUGCCUUCCGCCUCUCGGAUGGGGUGAGCGAAGACCCGACCACCAAGUUCCUGCGCAAGCGGAACCUCGAGCCGGCACCUGGGGUAGUGGCCAUGCGAUGGAAUCGAGUCGAGUUCUUCCACCCUACCCUACACACGCUAAUCCGCGCCGUGGCCAUGACGCAGGGCAUGACGCUCAACGUAGCCCACGCAGAGCUGCUGCAGCAGGCGAGCGGCACCGGCGCAAGACAACCCGGCAUGCAGCACAGCCGUCUGUCACCCUCAGCCUCCACGAACCACAUGCUGCAUGUCACUGGUGAGGAGGGCGGCGCCAUCGCAGAGAUGCUGCUGCGGCACUCGUUCAGUCAGUAUGUCUUGUCCCACAUAGAGAGCGGCAGCUUCUCGCGCGGCAGCGGCAGUCUGAACAACUCUUUCUUGUCCCAAUCAGACAAGCUGCGCGGCACCGGCGACGGCUCUGGCAGCCACCUCAGCAACUCUCUUCUCAGCCCUCCGCGCAACCGCACCCGCCGGCCCGACAAGGACGGCAACGGCGAGGCCGGAGCCUUUGCAGCUGCCAAGUUCCCGGAGGACAGCGUGCUGGCGCUCGCGCUCUGUAUCCCGAGCUCGCGUCUGCCAUCGCUGAUGGGGGCGCUACCACCACCUCAGCUGAGCGGCGUCGGUCGCUCGAGUAGCUACUCAGCAUCCGCAGCCGCUCUGAAGACCUCUCGUGACGGCGACGGCAGCCCGGCGGCGUCGCCAGGCCCCUCCGGCGCACCGCAUGCUGCCUUCACACGUGCAGGGUCAGACGGAAGCGUGCUGGUCGCCUUCAGCGUGAGCAGCUUCAGCGUCUCUAUCGACCCCUUCCGCUGGCAGGAGCACCGCUACAUCCGGUAUCCUAUCGACAUAGAUGACUCGAAGAAGUCGUCUCGGCACACAUACGGUGAGGGGGUCGUAACAGACGUCAUGUACGGCGGCAUCAUGUUCGUGGAAGGCUCGUCGUUCACGGCGGUGAAGGAGCUGCAGACACUGCUGGCGGACAUGACGUGGACAGAGGGCCGCACGUUGAGCGGCGUCGUCGGCGACGUGCGCAAGUACCUUAAACUCGUUCAAGGGAAUGGCAACAAGGUGCGGCAGGCAACAGCACCGCAGCAGCAGCAGCAGAAGGCUGAGGAACAGAAUAGUCACCGGUACCGUAUCUGCAGCCGCGUCGGUGGGCGCCCCAUGCGCGAUGCGGUGGAGCUGCAAGAGAUAUCUUACUACCUCGACGAUGUCGAGGUGCGCGAAGAGAUUGUGACGCUGAACCCGCCCAUACGGUCAGACGACGUCACCGCAGCGAAAGGUGCUGCGGCCGGGCCGGGCGGGGAGACGGGCAGCUCCGCUGGCUGCUUCGAGUCGAAGCACGCCUGCCAUGGCAACAGCCUCGCAGCUGACCCGGACGUCUCGCCAUCCUUUUCGCGCGUGGCCUCCGUGUGGGUGACACUGCCCGUCAUCGCAGCCGUACUGCGCACGUGGGGCCUGCACCUACUCUCAAAUCCCGAAUUCGCGCAGCCGACAGCAUUGCUCUUGCAGAAGUACGCCGGCAUCGCGCCGGUGUUGCAGACGACCGCCCUCGGUGCCCUCCACAGUGACAAUGACACACCAAGCGAGGAGGUCGGCGACGACGUCGACUACCUCUUCUUCGAAGGCGGCGGCCCGGCCGUCACGGUGCCGGCUGCUGCCGCCGUCUGCGCCACCCACCCGCAGCCCGCGCCGAGGAUUCCAAAGUUCAACUGCUUUUACGCGUCGAAAUCCAGCACUCCUUUGCUCGCAGCGGACGAGCACCACACCAGUCAUCCCGGUGCCGCGUCGCACUCGCCCGCCAACAUGCACAGGAGCAGCAACGUGGCGCUAGAUGAGCAAGGUGCCAACGGCGCAGACGAGAACCAGCCGUCGCUCAAGAAGCUUGGUGAAGACACCUGUGACGGGCUCGGUCCUAAAAGUCAAAGUCCGGAAGCGUUGAAAGGCGAGGCAACCCACUUGGCGGACAGUGUGAACAGCCUCUGUACGGCGUCGGAGGCGAAAUUGGGCGGCGACGAGCAGAGCAGCCACGCUCUGAGCUUCAUCGAUACAGAGAAGGACCAGUGCGACAGCGUCAGGGGCAAGAGCUGCGGCACGAAGCGCAAGCGCGUCGUCGGCAAGCGAUCCGGCGCUGCCAACGAAGGCACCGAGGGCGCGCCGCGGACGCUGCAGUGCGGAUCGAGGGGUAACAAGGCGAAGCCCAACCGCGCGACGAACAGGAAAUCGGUCAGCACCCGCCCCGCUACGCGGUGCAACUCGCCGCUCUCUCCCAGGAGCGGCACACGACCGCAAUCGCGCCGCAGCGACGCGGACUGCGAUCAGGGCAGCCCUACGUCUUCAUCGUCCUCCUCCUCCUUCCCCAGCUUUCCAGCCGCGAUGAAGGCCGGCACGAACGACUUCCAAGGAAACCUGAGCAGCCUGGUGACCAGCAGCUGCAACAAGCUGCACCAGUCUGCAUUCCAGAGCGUCUCGCACAGCCGCCUGGGCAGGUCCACGUCGGCACCGUCGCCUUCGACGCCGGCGGCCAGGGGCGAGGACACGCUCAGGACAUCGGUGCCGCCGACACCGCUGCUCACGGCGGUCAGCAGCUUUACCACGCUGCCCACGCUGAGCGCCCUCACCUUUGAUGGCGCCCCUGUCGAGGCGGCCAGCGCCGAGCCGAGUGUCAUGGCCUCCACGGUGGGCCCGGAGAGCUCGGCGGCGGCUGUGGCCUCAGGCAAGAAGAUGGGUCCGGAUGCAGUACAGGAGGUCUCUCAGGUAGCGUUCCGCUCGCCGCACUUCCCCCGCGAGCCCAAGACUCACCUCACUAUGGCGAGCAGUGGCGUGAACAGCAGAGGGGCAGAGAUGCCACUCACACACAGAGACAAGGCCACGGCAGCGCCGUCAACUGUAUCGGCGGCAGCGGCCCCUUCGCCGCCGUUGUCGCUGCCGCUGAAGGUAAGAAGGGUCAAAAUCAUCGCAACGCCCACGACCACAACAGCGCCGAAGGGCACCUCUGCGGCGGCUAUCGUUGCUAUGACGACCAAGCUGAGAGGUGUCACGGCCACUUCAACGUGCAGAAAGGUGUCAGGGCCCGUCAAGAGGGCACCGGUGCUGAUCAAGCACGCGCAGAUUUCCGUCACGCAUUUUGUGGAGAGUGAGCAGCGCGCGCGCGACUCUCCGCCAUCGCCCGGUGCGAGCGUGCUCAGCACGGGAAUCACGGUGAACAGCGCCGAAACCUCGGCGGCGUACCGGGCCACGGACGAUGAGGAAGAAGAGAUGUGGCACAUGGCCAUGCUGGAGGUGAAGGCGCAGCAGCAGGAGCUCGAAGAGCUGCGCCAGGCACGCCGCGACGCCGAGGACGCAGCGAAGCAGCGGGAAGGCUUGCUUCGCUCCCUCAACCGUAUUUUGCUGCCGCACACCGCCCCGCAGGAGCUUGGCGGGGUGCUGCUGUACUUGAAGACGGCCAUCUACGAACCAGAGGACAUGCCGCAUGGCCGCCUCUUUCUUCAGCAGCCGAGCUGGCUGCCAAUGCUGGUCGCCGUCUGGACGGCCCCGGCAAAUCGCAUCCGCUCGGUUGAAAUAGCGGCGGAGCUGACCUGGGUAGAUAUCCCACGCCUCGGUCUUGUUGCAGGCCUUCUGUACCACCAGUACGCGUCUGGGCCUCUGGAGGAACUGAUCAUACGGGCCGACAAGCUGCUCGGAUCGCCCCAGGCGACCGCGACGCUGCCGAACAACUCCGGUUCUUACGCGGACCUCGCAGACAAAACAGCAGCACGGCCCAGGAAGCCGCGCCUGCUGGCCGGCCGAUCCCGCAAGUCCAAGCAUGGCAACAACAGAGGUCGCAGCGCCGGCGCCAACCGAGGCCGCAGCAACUUGAACUUCACGACGGAGCUAGAUCAGGUGACCAGCGGCUUUGGCCCGGGGUGUCCACCGUUCCUCGUCACACCCGAGGAGGCCCGUGACACGCUGUGGCUGCUGUUGUGCUCCGUGGCGGCGAACAUGAGGGCCCCGACGUUCCGCGUAGUGCUUUGCGGGCUGCCAACGGGUGAAAUCAGCGCCGCCGCCAGUGGCAGCGGUGCUGGCCGCGUUCGCAGCCACGGCAGAGGCCACACCCCCUUCACAUACCUUGCCUCCUUCUUCGACGGGGCAGUCUCACGCUUCCGCAACGAGCACGACGACGCGCAGCUCCUGCUCAAGUCCCGCUCCAUGGUGCUGGACAACUUCGUCGUAUGCCCAGGCUCGCGGCUAGGAUCCGACCGAGAUAUGCACAGCGCUGCGCAGAGGUCGGACAGCAGCUGCCUUGGCACCAGCACGACCCACCACAACGCCGCCUGCGACGAAGGCCAACUGGUCUGCACCAACAGCUCACUGCAGCUAGACGAGGACGGGACUGCGUGGUUGUCCUCCAUGUCAGAGCGAAAGGGCAACAGCACGCUUCGGCAGACAUUGUCCUUGGUGAUCAUGUCCUUACCCGCAGCAGUGUCGGCUGACAUGGGUGGGGCGGCGUGCUCGUCGGAUGGGCACAGGUGCAACUCAAAUAAUACCUUCGCAGCUGUGCGCCCCGUCGUCGCGCCCACCCCAUGCACUGGUGAGGCGUUUGCAGGUGUGUCGAUUAGCGGAGGAGUCGAUGGCACGGCUCGAGCGAUUGAGGCCGUGCAGACGCACCGGCAUCGCGUGCAGCGCCACCGCGCGUGGGUGCGCAACGGUAACGACGUCGAGGAGCGACCCUUCUACGAGCUGUUGGUGCACCGCUGCGAUGCGGUCGAGGAAGCCACAGCAACUACCGAAAACGAUACCGACGAUGCACGCUUCUACGCGGAACCUGACCGACAGCAGCGCCUGCAAGAGGCCGUCAGUCAGUCGGAGGCGCCGCCUCGGCUGUGGCAGAGCCCACCGCCGUCCCCGCUGCCACGCCACUUGCCUGGCAGCGGCUUUGCGCAUGGACUGCGGACGGCGGAAGAUGAGCAGGUGGCUCUGCAGAGCGAGGUGGCCGCGCUGCGCGAGCGGGCCGGUGACAUCUGGGAGGCUCUGCGCAAGUCGGUCAAGCACUACAACCAACUCCAGAUGGAGGCGUAUCAUAAGGCGAUGAAGCAGAAUGGCGGAAGCCAAUCACCCUUGUCACCGCCUCCGCAGCCGCCGCGGCAGAUUGUGUUGGAGUACUAG